AUGGCCGAGCACGUCGAGUACGUCGCCAAGCACUUUAGCCUCACACACAUUGUGUACGGGGCCGACGACCCGCUUGGCAUUCCCCUCGCCUUACUCUCCCUCUCUCCCAUCUUCCUGUUUGUCGCCUACUUUGCUCUGGUGGUCUUUGGCCGCCGCCUCUCGCUCCUCCUUCUCGCCGGAGGCUCAGUGUUCAACGAAGCCUUUUCACUGGCAUUGAAGCGCCUGCUCCGCGAACCACGGCCGUUCCCGGACCGCCCCCAUGUAGGCGACGGGUACGGCAUGCCCUCGAGCCACGCGCAGGCUGGCGCCUUCCUGUUCGCCUGGGGUGUGGGCUACGCUCUCUCUCUUGACAAGAGGUAUCCUGCCGCGGCGGUGAGCGACGGUAUCAAGAUGGUCCGUCGUGUGCGUACAGGCGUGUACCUCUUUGGCCUCUUGGCUUGGUCCCUCUGCGUCGCGUACUCGAGGUUCGCCCUGCAUUACCACUCUGUGCCCCAGAUCGUGGCAGGCUACGCCGCUGGCAUCAUUGCUGGCGCCAGCUGGUACACUGCGACAGAGUACAUCCCGCGCGUGUACCCCACCUCUAUCCCGGGCCGUAUUCGCUCCGGUAUCGAAUGCGUCUGGGUCGGUGUCGGCGGCAUUGGCGGGUGGCAAGUGGGUGGCGCGGACGGCGGGUGGGGAGAAGGCCCACUGUUUGUCAACAGCGCCGCCACCAAGAAGAACCAAUAG